UUGAUUCGUGCGGCCAUUUGGCCACGACCCUCGAGGUGGGUGGAGCAGCUGCUUUGGCCACGCCCCCUGCCGGCGGGCGGGAGUGGCGGGAGCGACCGGGCCUCGGUGUGCGGGCGGCGUGAGAUUUGUGCCUGACCUUCCAUAAAAAUGUCCAAGCAACAGCCUGCUCAGUUUACCAAUCCAGAAACCCCUGGCUAUGUAGGAUUUGCCAACCUUCCCAAUCAGGUUCACCGGAAGUCUGUGAAGAAGGGAUUUGAAUUCACUCUCAUGGUGGUUGGUGAAUCUGGAUUGGGAAAAUCUACAUUAAUAAACAGCCUCUUCUUGACAGACCUCUACCCAGAAAGGAUAAUCCCAGGAGCUGCUGAGAAGAUUGAACGCACUGUGCAGAUUGAAGCCUCAACAGUUGAAAUUGAAGAGAGAGGCGUGAAACUCCGCCUGACAGUUGUAGAUACACCGGGAUACGGCGAUGCCAUCAACUGUCGAGACUGUUUUAAGACCAUAAUCUCGUACAUUGAUGAGCAGUUUGAGAGGUAUCUGCAUGAUGAAAGUGGUUUGAACAGAAGACACAUCAUAGAUAACCGGGUUCACUGCUGCUUCUAUUUCAUUUCACCGUUUGGUCAUGGCCUUAAGCCUCUGGAUGUUGAGUUUAUGAAGGCCAUACACAACAAAGUCAAUAUUGUACCAGUGAUUGCAAAAGCUGACACGCUUUCUCUGAAAGAGCGAGAAAGACUAAAGAAAAGAAUUCUGGAUGAAAUAGAAGAGCAUGGCAUCAAGAUUUAUCACCUGCCUGAUGCUGAAUCAGAUGAGGACGAAGACUUUAAAGAGCAGACCAGACUCCUGAAGGCCAGCAUCCCGUUUUGUGUAGUUGGAUCCAAUCAACUCAUUGAAGCCAAAGGUAAAAAAGUUAGAGGUCGACUCUACCCAUGGGGUGUAGUUGAAGUGGAGAAUCCGGAACAUAAUGACUUCCUGAAGCUGAGGACCAUGUUGAUCACCCACAUGCAAGAUCUUCAGGAGGUGACCCAGGAUCUUCACUAUGAGAACUUCCGCUCCGAGAGGCUCAAACGAGGCGGCAGGAAAAUAGAAGACGAAGAAGUGAAUAAAGACCAGAUUCUGCUUGAGAAAGAAGCUGAACUUCGGCGCAUGCAGGAGAUGAUUGCGAGAAUGCAGGCGCAGAUGCAGAUGCAGAUGCAAAGCGGAGAAGGAGACGGCACUGCAAUUCCUGGGCACCACGUGUAAAGUGUUAGAUGGCUUCGUACCCUGACUUACAGGAGACAUUCUCGAGUUGAGUAAUGGUGCUGUUACACCAGAAAGGAGACCUUUUGCUCAACGGAUUACUUGGAGUUUGCUCUAGGAUUUAAUGUGGAAAUGCAGUGUGGUAACUCUUGUGAUUUGUAUUUCAUAACAUGUAGUCAGUCAGUAUUUUAUAUGUUAUACACUUUUGACUUUGGUUUGGUUUAGUAAUUCUUAUAUUUAGCUUAUUUUCAAUAUCCCAUUGUAUGAGGGACACAAAAUAGACACUGAAACUUUUCUAGCUUGAUAUGGCAAUAGAUAAUAGUCUUUGUUUUAAUAUGGCUUAUUAGCUUCCUGCUUUCACCUUCACGUUACGUGUAGAAAACCCAGCUGUUGGCGAUAGCUUGCUCAGGAGCAGGUAGCAGCCACCUCUUUAAGGAUCCCCGUGAGGUUCACGCCGUGUUUACAGGGGUGUCUGUGAGACCAUCCGCCCUUUUCUGCCUCUGCUCAGGGCAGGUGACUUCCUUCUCCUCUGCAAGUCCUGAAUUAAAAGUUGAGCAUGCCUUGUGUCUUAACAAAAGAAGGGAAAAUGCCUCUUGAAGAGGCACGCUGUAUUUUAUAAGCCAGGCAUUAUUUCCUUCAGAUAUAACCUUGAGGGAUGUAUAUUCUUUAUUUUUUUGCCUAAAAUCUCUUACUCUAUUGCAGAUAAUUUUUAAGAGUUUCUCGUAGGUCAGCACAUAUCAGCCCUGCUAUUUUCUCACAUUCUCGUAGCUAAAUAAACCUGAAUAACGCUGAUAUUGUUAAAUGAGGUAGACCCCAAAGAGCAGUUUUCUAUGCAUAGGUGUUCACUAGAGCCAAAUGUGUAAGCAAUUCUGUAAUUCCCAGUGAGUGUUUUAUACUGUUUUUAGGGCAUUGCAAGCUGUUCAUUGUAGCAUAAAAUACGUCCUAGCACACUCCUCUCAAGUGCCCACUGCCUGACAGCAUCGAUGCUAACUGUAUCGAAGGUCUUGCUCCAAGGCCGAGCAGCAGUAUUCAUUUGGAAGGAACUCUGGGAAUUUACAUGGUUUCUUUUAGGCCAAAGUAACAGUAAAUGAGGUUGGUUUUAGUGUGGCUGGACUUGUACCGCUCCCUGUGCCCUGUGGGAGCUCAUUGGGCAGGCAGAAACGCAUAUAUAAAGCCAGUGAUCAGAUUUCCUAAUCUGAUCCGUUAAAAAUGUUGUUACUUGAACAGCUAAUAAACAGAUAGAAUUGCAAGUUUCGUCUCUUCUUGGAGCUCAGGUGCAGCUAGAAAAAAUUUAUAGUUUUUUUAAUGUUUCUUCGAAAAAGAUAGCAGGAUUUGUACAGCAAAUGUCUAAUUCCAGUGGUUCUUAAGUGGCUACAGUAAAUAUAAACCUGCUAAGCAACUGACAUUUUUACCUGCCUGCAACUGCUCUGUAUGAAUUGUUUCGUAUUUGAAUCUUUCUAAAAAUGUGAAGCUGAAAUCCUGCCUUGCAGCCUUUGCCAAGGAGCUCCGGUUUGCUUCCCGGUAGCAAGUAGUGUCAAAGUCUGGCCCGACUCAUUUGAGCUUCCCUUACCUUGACAACACUGCAGUUGGGAACCUUGCUGUGCGACGAGAUGCAGCGCAAAGUCCCCCAUUGUCAAAAAUUUACAUCUAAAAUGUAGAUGGACAAACACACAGCUCAAAGUUCUUGUCUUGCUUUUCUGAGAGAGCGUGUAGAAGCAUGGUGGUGUGGUGGCAUUGUUGGAAAACACCGCACAGCGCCCAUUUAUUUCUAAACGGUUUGAUAUAUUUUUGUGAAUCAGUUGCGAAUCAUAAAUUUAUGAAAAGAACUGCAGCCAUUAAACACUUUUUGAGGUCUCAUGCUGUCCUUCAGUUGCCCAAAAUCUGUUUUUUUCUGAUAACUCAGUGUUUGGCUGCUGUCGAGCUGUUUGUCUGACACCUCUGUGUGAAAUGCUUUGAGCACCGCGCGCUGCAGCCACCCUGGCUUUGCCGAGAAGGGUGGCUCUGGGCUGUUUGUGUUUUUGGGAGAGUCUGGUUGGCUGUGGUGGUGCUGUGAGCCUGACGUGAAGAACUACUGUGAAAUCUCACAGGUAUGCAGAGGAGCUGGGGGCACAGUGACCCUGUGUGUGCUGGUUUGAUGUGUUUUCCAGUAUUUUCUGACAUGGGAACAAAAGCAGGUUGUCCAUGUGUUUAGCGCUGCUUGCUCACUGCCUGUGGAAGCCUUUUAGGCAGUGUAUUCUUUGAAAUAUCAUAUCUAUUUAAAUAUUCCAUUCAGGAUGAAGUAUUCUGUUUCGUUCUUAGGCAAAUAGUUUUUGAUCGACUAAUUCUAACAGGAGAAAUAUUUUUGUAGGUUUGGUUUGGUUUCAGUAGGAAAAAGGGGAGUUUAUGGCAUGUGCCAUGUUAACCGCAGUCCUUACGGCAGCUCGUUGCUGUGGGCUCUGGAAUUCUGUCUCCCCUUCACUCCUCUUGUGAUGCUGUUGCGAUUAAUGGUUUCAUGGUAAGCCAGGAAAAGUGAGACUGCCUUUCUCAGAUUCCAUUUCCUACAAGCUCGGUUUCUGCUAGAAAGAAGACUUGGAGACAAAAGCUCGAUGUCAUUUGGUGGCUUUGCUGAACUGGCCAUGAUUCUUAUCCUGUUAUGCCAUUGUUAUGGGUUUUAUUUUAGGAGUCAAAAUACCUUUGAAUUUGCAGAGCUUUAUAGUUGGUAGCUAAAGGUGCUUCCUCUUGGUACAAAAAAAAAUCUGUUGUAUUCUGGUUUGUGUACUGCCAUUAGCCAAAACUAUAAUUAAAAAGUGCUAAAAUACG